CCGAGAUUUGCUUUAGUGUCUUCUUAGUGGGAGUCAUGGACGAUUUGAGAAGCUGUUGUUUAACAAAUAGCAGAAAUAACGUCUUCAUCGCCCGUGUGAGAGAGUCUCCAGCUUUGGCUUGUUAAUGUAGGGGGACUACGGAUUAGUACCGCCAGCUCUUCUUUCUGCCUUGUGUGGUCUCCUAACUCCCUCAGGAUGCAGGCACUUCCUUAUAAUUUUAAUUGUCUUCAUAUAGUACACCUACGGGUAUAACUUCAGACUCUGUUUACCAGUUGGGUGGAUUACAAGGGCAUUUUUUUCCAUCACCAUUACUGUCUUGAGUAGCUGAGUCUUGGCACAGCAGAAUGGCAACUAGACCAACUGAUUUACCAGCCCUGGAGUCAGGCACCUCGGAGGGUCUUCUGGGGCAGAUGUCCAUCCCAAUUGGAAUGACCCGCCGUGCCUUCAGCUAUGAUGAUGCCCUGGAGGCACCCAUGACCCCACCACCUGCUGACAUGGGCACCAACAUACUGUGGAAGAAACCUGUCAUUCCAGAGAGGAAGUUCCAGCAUUUGUCUGAGCAAGGAGAAGAACCUGGAGCAGUUUUGACCCACUCUUCCUCUAUAGACAGUGCAGCAAAGCCGACAGCGCCGGUAGUGAAGGCUAAAGCUACAUCCAUCAUCAUGAAUUCCCUCAUCACCAAGCAGACCCAGGAGAGCAUUCAGCGAUUUGAGCAGCAGGCAGGCCUGACUGACGCCGGCUACACCCCUCACAAGGGUCUGACUGCAGAGGAGACCCGUUACCACCGCUUGGCCGAGGCACUGGAUAAGAUGAAGAUGCAGAGUGGGGUUUCCAAAGAGGAAAAGCAGGCAUCAUCAGCACAGUCUACCCCCACUGGAACUCCUCAGGCUUCUCCAAAACAGAAACGCAGGGGCUGGUUUAGCCAGGGCUCAACUGCUCCCAUCACCAGCUCUGAAUUUGGUAGUGCCAGUUCCAACGUAGAUAUGGGAGGUGGAGAAGGAGGAGGAGUAGAGAGGUGGAGUAUCUUUGGGCCUCGACCAGUUGUGCAGAAAUCUACUACUGACCCAGGAGGCUUUGCUCUGCAGUCAUACCGUGGUGCUCAGAAGCCCACCCCCAUGGAGCUGAUGAAGGCACAAGCUACCCGCAUGGGUGAGGACCCUGCCAACCUCAAACCACCCAAGAUGGAAAUCCCCGCCAUGGAAGGCAGGCAACAAGCAUCCCGCCCCCACAAACUCAAGCCUCGGGACAUGAAUGUGCUCACCCCUUCUGGCUUCUAGUAGCUUUCAAUUUCACCAUAGCCAAAUCUGCCCCCUCCAUUCCCCAGGCACUCUGUAAUAACUUUGCCUUUUGGAUAUUUUUGGGCUUGUUGUGUACCCCAUUCCAGGUUCACUGUCAGUAGUCCUCUUCAGCUUUGUCCAUCUUGAACAGGAUUCACGAUUUUAGAAAUCAUCUAGAUGGUGGGAUUCGUACCCAAAGUGAAAAUGUGAAACGAGUAGAUCGCUACAUGUUUGUUUUCACUAAAGCCUUUGAAUAACUGAAUUCGUUUAUCUGUGGGAUUUUGAGGGAUUUGUGGUAAAAGGCUUUAUCAUGAAAUGACAUCACUAUAAGUGUGAGAAAGGGCUGCAGCCCUAAGAUUGGUUCAACAAGCAUUUUGUUUGUAAAUUACAUUGGUGGUAUUCAAUGCACGUUGUCUCCUGUGUACAAAUUGGGUCGCCAAUUUUGCUUACAGUGCUUACUAUUGGUAACAAUAACUGCUGGUCUACUACAUAAACAUUUCUAAUAUGUAAUAAAACUACCAAUUGUUAGCUGUAAUUUAUUUUUUGUUUGGGUCAGAUAGGACUGAUCUAAACUGUGUGAUUUCAGUGUUUUGUUAUUCCUCAGCAAUAUCCAAAUGGCACCUAGAUUUGUUUACUAUUUUAUGUGAUGGGAAACAUUCUAAAACUGCAAUUCAGUAUAGUAAUCUGAAAGAUAAACUUAAGACAUUAUGGCAUUAAACAUUGUUUAAAUUGUAUUUUUCACUUUAAUUUGAUUGCAGUUGUCUUACUUUCUGUCAGUGAUUCUUUUAAGAAUUUUAAGUUUUCAGAAUUUUACGUACGUGGAGAGAAUUAUUUUUGUUCCUGAUGCUUUCAGUGGUAAAUAAAUUCAGAACUAAUGUGACUUUAUAAACUGACUACAUUUAUAAUUUUACCUUUUUCUGUUUAUAUUUAUAAUGUCGGAGAAAAUGUUGAAGUGAAAGCAGACCUUCAGCCAUUCUGUUGUAGAUAUGUGUUUCGCAUCAUUGGCUUGCUGAACAAAGAAGAAUUUGUGGUUCCUUCAAUGGUGGCAAGGUUUCCAGGUCCUGAUGCAGAAAAGUAACCCAAAACAUGGUACUACCCCCACCAUUGGCCAUUGGUAUGAGGUUCUUGCCAGGCCUAACAGGGCCCAUGUUGGCCAAAAAAGUUCAUUUUGAUCUGUCCAUGGAACAUUGUUCAAGUUGAGGAUCAUCCACUUUUAUUUUGCAAAACUUGAGGUGAGCGCUCAUGUUCUUUGUGAAUAGUGAUUUUUUUCCCUUGCUACUGUGCCACAGAUCCCAUUUGUGGAUUGUCAUUUAUUUUUGAUGGUGGAGUUAUGAUGUUCUAGGGGUCUUUGUGGCUUCCUGGAUAAAUUGAUGACUCCUGGAGAGAUUUUGACAGGAAAGCCACUCUUAUGAAGAUUUGCUACUGUCCCAAACUUUCUCCAUUUGGCCAACAGGCCUCUGACUGUGGUUCAAUGGAGCCCCAGAGCCUUAGAAAAGGCUUUGUAAUCUUUUCUAGUCUGAAAGACAACAACUUUUUUUUUCCUCUGUCUUUGGAACCUGUGCUGACAAACUUCACUCGGAUAAAUAGUGGGUAGGACUGUCUGAAAUCAGGCCUGAUUGUUAACCAAAAUCUUCAAAGAGCUGACCUUAAUUGGGUUGUGUUCACCGGGGUGGGCAAGUAAAUGUCACUUCUGAAUAUUGCAUGUUUACCUUGCA